GAUCAUCUUCCUAGAGGAUGGCAGUCUCAGGCUCUAUAACAUCACCAAAUCAGACGCUGGGGUGUACACUUGUAUAGCAACAAAUCAGUUUGGAGUUGCCAGAAAUUCAGGGAACCUGAUUGUGAAAGAAAGGACUGUAAUUACUAUUCCACCUUCUAAUAUGGAUGUAACAGUUGGAGAAAGCAUAGUCCUUCCUUGCCAGGUGUCUCACGACCCUUCCGUUCGUGUGAUGUUCACAUGGUCAUUCAAUGGCAAUGCAAUUGAUUUUAAUAGAGGAAUACAUCAUUUUGAAAGAAUUGGGAGAGAAUCUGUUGGGGAUUUGAUGAUAAGAAAUAUUCAACUACAUCAUUCUGGGAAAUAUGUGUGCAUGGUACAAACAACUUUAGACAGUCAGUCUGCAACAGUAGAUAUUAUUGUAAGAGGCCCCCCAGGUCCACCAGAAGAUGUUAAAGUUGAACAUGUUGCUAGCACUACUGCUGUGUUAUCCUGGAAGCCUGGAAUAGAUAAUAAUAGUCCAGUCCAGAUCUACAGCAUCCAGAUGAGGACUCCUUUCUCAGUGGGAUGGCAGGCAGUUGCAACAGCUCCUGAAGUCAUUAAUGGUAGGACUCACAAGGCAACAGUGGUUGACUUAAGCCCUUGGGUUGAGUAUGAGUUUCGUGUGGUUGCCAGCAAUAGUGUUGGAAUUGGGGAGCCAAGCAGACCAUCAGCUCUACUGAAAACUAAAGCAGCAGUUCCCAUUGUGGCACCAACGAAUGUCAGUGGAGGAGGAGGAAGCCGUUCUGAGCUGGUCAUCACAUGGGAGCCAGUCCCAGAAGAACUACAAAAUGGGGAAGGUUUUGGCUACAUCGUUAUGUUUCGUCCUCUUGGCUCAACAACCUGGACCAAAGCAGUGGUGGCUUCAGUGGAAGCAAGCAAAUAUGCUUAUAGGAAUGAAAGCAUUACACCUCUUUCUCCUUUUGAAGUAAAAGUUGGUGUCUACAACAAUGAAGGAGAAGGGACCCUGAGCUCCAUAUCCAUUGUCUACUCAGGAGAAGACGAGCCUCAGAUAACACCAGUGGGGACUUCAGCCCUGAGCAUUUCGGCGGCAGAGGUGGAGGUCUCUUGGCAGCCCAUCGCGUGGAACAGGCACACGGGCAGGGUGCUGGGCUAUGAGGUUUUAUAUUGGACUGAUGAUCCCAAGGAAAGCACAGCUGGUAAAGUCAGAGUCAAUGGGAAUGUAACAGCCAAAAAUAUCACAGGAUUAAAAGCUAACACAGUGUAUUUUGCAACAGUUCGAGCUUACAACACUGCAGGGACGGGGCCCUCCAGCACCCCGGUAAAUGUCACCACUAAAAAGUCACCACCAAGUCAACCCCCGGCAAACAUCGCCUGGAAGCUGACAAAUUCCAAAAUCUGCUUGAACUGGGAACAUGUAAAAACAAUGGAGAAUGAAUCAGAGGUACUAGGUUACAAAAUUUUGUAUAGACAGAACAGACAUAGCAAAACUCAUAUACUGGAGACAAACAACACUUCAGCUGAACUUCUGGUACCGUUUGAAGAAGAUUAUCUCAUAGAAAUAAGAACAGUCAGUGACGGUGGGGAUGGCAGCAGCAGUGAGGAAAUUAGGAUUCCAAAAAUAUCGAGUUUAAGCUCUGAAGCAAUAAAAUUGUCCCAAAGGAUAAACCAUGUAUUGACAGCUGGGAUCCUGAUGUUGAGUUCUGUUCUCAUACACCCUUUUCCUUGA